AUGAAAACAAUAGGAAAUGUUAUCAAUAUGUCUACAAAUAAUCGAAUAAAUUCCGUUUCCGAUAAACUUUUGGAUGAAAUGCCUGGAAACCAAACGAGCAAUUUUAACGAACCAUUGCUAUCAAACCCGUCAAACAAAAAGCACGGGUCAGAAAGGGGUGGCAAUGAUUUGGCUAAACGUGUGGGAAAUGUGGUUACAAAUAAAGGAGAGAAUAUGGGACGAACUGAGGGAACGGAAGGGAUUUUCGGAGAAGAGGGAAACACUCAUUCAGAGAGACUGACUUGUGGUGCUUUUAACUUAUUUGUGGUCACCGGAGAUGACUGUGUCUACGGAUGGGGUAAUAAUGAGUUAGGACAACUCGGUUGUGGGGAACAGCACACAAGGAGGGGUGGGUUCGGAGAGGUAUAUCACGUGAGACACAGAAUUGAAGGGCAAGAAUCUGCGGUGAAAAUAGUAAAGUUUCUUGACACUUAUGACGAACACAAACGACAAGAAAUCCUAAUAGAAGUGCAAAAUUUAGUUAAAUUGCGCUCAGAUUUUGUGGUAAAUUACCGCAACUCAUGGCGUGAACACAAUCUACUGUAUAUUCAAAUGGAUUUUUAUACACAAAAUCUACAUACGAUUAUCGCUAAUAAGUACACUGUGUUUGGGAGACAACCGGAAGAGCCGAUGAAAGUAUACGAGUAUUUCAUUUCUUGCGAAAUACUUAAAGAACUGUUAGAAUGUGUGAAGUAUUUGCACGACUCGUGUCCACCGGUUAUCCAUCGGGACCUCAAACCGUCAAAUGUAUUGAUUUCACAAAAUAGUAAUAAUAAUCGGUUUCUAAAACUUUGUGACUUCGGUUCCGCCACUUUCCACGACAUGACAAUGACAUCCAUGAAAAAUCCGACAGAAAAAUACAAUUCAACGUCAAUUUCAACAAAUUAUACGAAAUCAUUGGCCAAAUGUCUCAUUCAGUUGUAUCCAAUCGGCCGAUCAGUGGUCGAGUACUCGACAACUACAAUCAGUGGUUCCAACUUCCAACCUAAGUACCAGUUCGAGUGA